AUGACUCGAGCUAUCUUGGAACUCACUUCAACGGACGACGUUCUCGUUCUAAACUCGCAGACAUUCCUGGAUGCCGUCAACACGAACAGGAUGUUGCUGGUAUCUUUCUUUCAUAAAUUGAUUCCAAACUGCGCAAGAUUUGUCCAUGUGUUUGAGCGGACUGCACAAACCGCACGUGGUUCUGGGGUCCAAUUUGCUCAAAUCGAUAUCACCGAGAAUGCAACUUUCUGCCAGAAUUUUGGCCUUGCUUCGUUUCCAGCUGUUAUGAUGUUUCAGGUUGUGGAUAACGCCAGAAAGUAUGGAGGGGUCAUGGAGGAAAACCAGCUUAUGUUGUACUUGACGAGGCAGACUUCACCACCCGUAUCUAUCAUCACAGCAGACACUAUGCAAGACUUUAAAGCCUCAAAUGAAGUUGUAGUUGUAGCAUACCUCACAGGAGCGGAUGAAAGGUUGCAUGACGCAUUUAUAAGUUUUGCAACAGAGAUGCGAGACGACUUUCUGUUCGGAGUGACUUGUGACGAGAUUCUGCACCAAAAAGAACAAAUCAAACGUCCCAGCAUUGUGGUUUACAAUUCUUUCGAAGACGAAAAUAAGGUUCACGAGUUAAGUGAUGACCGUGAUCUAAUGCGUGCUUUUGUCAAAGCUGCUACCCGACCACUGAUCGUCGAGUUUCGACCGGAGCUGCACGAUAGUUAUUUCAAAGCAAGACUUCCGCUUGGCUACAUAUUUAUCGACUCUUCCAAAGACCGAGAACGAUUGUCAAAAAUGGUCCGGCCACUGGCAAAGAAGUACAAUGACGAAAUACUGUUUGGCACAGUGGAUAAAAAGGACAUGGAAAGAUUUCCGACCUGGGCUGAUUAUCUCUGGUUCUCCGAUGUGAAGCACUGGCCAUCAUUCACGAUUCGAGAGCCUAUCAAAAAUCUUCGGUUCCCAUUUGACGAACAAAAAGAGCUAUCAUACCAAGAGUUGUCCGAGUUCGUGGAAACUUUCAGAAAGGGACAUCUCAAGCCGGAAGUCAAAUCACAGCCGGUACCCGACGUGCAGAAGAGCCCAGUCCUCGAUGUCGUGGGAUUGACCUAUGAUGAGAUAGUGCUCGAAGAUGAGAAGGAUGUGCUCCUAGAAUUCUGUACUGACUGGUGUCCACAUUGCAUAGCUAGUCGAUCCACAUAUGAGCUCCUGGCCACUGUCUACACAUCAACUGAGACUUUGAAAAAUCAGGUCACCAUUGCAACAAUAGAUCUGGAGAAGAACGAUUUCCCCGACCGAGAUGUCCGUGGCGUGCCGUGGUUUAAACUCUACCCAGCUCAUAAGAAAGAUGCUGCUGUACUCUACUACGGACCAACAACACUGGAUGACAUGGCUAAAUUCAUCAGAGACCAUGGAACCCACAAAGCGUAUCCAAAGCGCGAUUCGGCCAACGCCAAGAUAGAGCUUCCUGCUGAAUAG